AUGUCUAGGCCUACGUUCGUCUGUGUUCCAGGCUUUUGCCAUACUUCAGCCAUUUUUGAUCCGCUCAGAACUCUCCUCGGUCACUACGGAUAUCCUGUCCUCCCAGUUCAGCUCCCAUCAGUACUUGUGAAUGGAAAUCAUGCGUCAAAUGAUCCUGCUCAGGAUACUAGAGCAAUCCGAAGUUCUGUCUCACAUCUUGUAGAAGCAGGUCACGAUGUCAUUGUAAUCCUGCAUUCUUAUGCCGGUGUACCGGGUGGCGAUGCUUUGCAAGGCCUUGGCAAAACAGAGAGGGCACAAAGGGGCUUAAACGGUGGAGUUCUACGAAUCGUAUUUGUCAUGGCGUGGGUCGUCCAAGAGGGCUUUAAACUUUGCGAAGAAGGAGACUAUAGUUCUUUCCCACCAUAUAUCCACUGCAAUACAACUUCACGUAAAAAGGCCGGCACUGUGUCUAUUCCAUCUGCAUUGGCGAUUCAAUACUUUUACAAUGACUUACCUCAUGACCAUGCCGAAUACUAUGCACACAUUAUGCGCCCCCAAGCUACAUCAGUAUUGUACCACCGAACCACAAUUGCGGCAUGGCGCACAAUUCCCACCACAUACGUUCUAUGUUCCCUCGACAACGUGCUUACUGACGCAUACGCACGACUUAUGCUUACUUCAGCUCAAGAAUCGGGUAGUAACAUCGACACUAUAGAGGUAUGCGAAGGGGCUGGAAGUUGUUGUUGGUUGGGGUCCGCAGCUGAUUCAUUCGCGGGGAUUUUACGACGAGCUGCAGGAGAAUCGGUAUGA